CAUGGCAGAUUGGCUUCGGAGUUAAUCUUACUUCUCAAAUAAUGCUGGAGGUUCAUCUGAUAGAAUAACUUUGCAUCGACGGAUCGAACUUUUAAAAGCAAAGACCUAUUUCUUCAGAUGACAAAGGACCAAAGACUCUUAAAGGUCCGUCUGAAAGGUGUCCAGCCUUGACAAGUUUCCUCUAAGCCUUUCAGUUGUCACCAUGAAGACCGACAGAGAGGACUUUAUCCUCCAGACCUUCCUCCUGAUUCACAUCCCUGUGGUCUGUCUUGUCGCUGCAGUGUCUGGUCAGUCUGACAGCAGCAGCAGUGUAGUGGUAGCAGGUUACAAUGUGAGCGCCCCCGCUGGGUCGAGGGUGGUGCUGCAGUGUGUGAGUGGACGCAUGGUGUGGACCAGGGACAGGGUGAGGGACAGACAGCGGGUGCUCCACUGGGACCUGUACCGGGCCUAUCCAGACUACGCCAUGGAGAGGGUGGUGGACAUGUUUUCUGCAGGGGACCAGAGAGUCUACAGCUCCUACAACAUGGGCAGGGUCGGCCUCAACCCCACAGCCUUCAAGGAUGGAAACUUCUCCCUGGUCAUCAAAGACGUGACCAUGAAUGACCGGGGUCUGUACUCUUGUAACCUCCAUCACCUCUACUGUCACCUGUAUGAGACCGUCAGAGUCCAGCUCAACGUCACUAAAUCACGUCGUAAGGAGCAGCGUUUCUGGGAUGGACACAAGGCAGUGUAUGUGGUGCUUGCUGGAAGCACAGUGGUGCUGCCGUGCAUCAACCGACGGAGUGUGUGGACCGACUGGAGCAACGAGGAGGAGGACCAGCAGGUCGUCCACUGGGACCGUCAGUCUCAGGGAGUUUAUCAUGAUCGUGCUGACCGGCUGGUGGACCUGUACGCCUCUGGGGAGCAGAGAAGCUACGGUCCACUGUUCCUCCAGAGGAAGAUGAACAUCAGCAAUCAAGCCUUCGCAGAGGGAGACUUCUCUCUUAGCAUAUCUGACCUGCAGCCCACAGACCAGGGGCUGUAUUCCUGCCACCUCCACCAUCAUUACUGUGGGCUGCAUGAGAGGAGACAGUUCCAGGUCACAGUGGAACCCCCAGUGAUUCAGGCCACCCAGCCAGCCAAAGCACUGCCCAGCGAAGACAAAGACUCCACGAAGGCUGACUCAACACGAGUCAUCAAUGUGAUUCUGCCCGAUCAGAGACACCACUUUCUCCUGCCGUUGGGUUAUGUCCUUACUUCUUUCCUCCUCCUGGCCUUCAUUAUCCUCAUCAUCGUCCUUGUCACGUGUCGACGUAAAACGAAAGAGUUUUACCCGCAGUCAUCCAUGAGGUCCAGCAGAAGUCAGAGCAGCUCAGAGGAGUUUGAGAUGGAUGUUGCUGAGGUGAAGGUUUGCACCCGAGAGGAGCCCAGAUUCGACUACAAAAACAACCUACUGAAAGAAAAGGUCCACAUGAACCCUCAACCUAAAGUCAUCGAUCUCGAUAAAGAGAUGCAGAAGUUUUGCAAGUGAAGAAAUAACCACAAGAACAAAUGAAUCAGGAGUCACUGGCGGGUCCAGAGGCUGCUCUCCAAACUAAACUGUCUUGGCAGGAGAGAUGACAAACAAAAAACAAUGUAUUCUUACUGCUUUGUUGUGACAUUUUAUUCAACAGCCACACAACAGCUCUCAGAGGAGUCAUGGUCUGAAACUGUCGAAAUACUGAUUUUGUUUUUCUGUGUUCAUAAUAAACCAACGGGACUGGACUGGGACUUUUGGCGCCACCCAAAGGAUAGUCCUGACCAAAGCUUGACUUGCAUUAGCAGUGGAUGAAAAUUCACUGUUACACUUUGUGAAUAAGUGAAUAUGAUAAUUCAGUUAUUACAGCUUGAUCAUUAUUCCUUGCAUUAAAGCCUGAUAACACUUCCUUGUAUUUUGUUUUCUGUUUACUCAGAUAUUUCACCUUUUGCUGAACUGACUGGACUGAAGGAAGUGGUCCUCUCAGUGUGCUGCUUCCUGUUGUAAGCUACAAUUAACUCUGUGAGCUAAGCUCUGUAAUAACUGACAAAUAAAGCAAUAUGUAUGUAAAUGUGGUUUAUUUCAAUGCUCAGGCGGUGUUUUUGUUUUUGAUGAAAUAAUAAUGCAUCUUGUAUUCAGAGUAAAUGUAAUUAUUUCUGUACGUAAUGUGGAGAAAUGUUUGUGAAUGAUACAUUAGCUUCAACUUC